AUGAGUGCACUACCCCCAGAUAUUGAUCCCACAAAGCAGCCUCAAAGAGUGUUCAAGGCCCAGCUGAUCGUAUCCACUGUGUUUGGGAUCUUUGCGUUUUUGGCGUUUUGUGUGCUGCGAUUCAGAUGGCCUCAUAUCUAUGCAGUACGCGUCUUAAGAAAGAAAGAUAUUAGAAUAUUACCCAGUACGUUAUUUGGCUGGUGUUUAUCCCUUUAUAAUGUGACUGAUGAUGAAGUUUUGGAACAUGGUGGACUUGAUGCGUACGUGUUUUUAGGAUUUUUCAGAAUGGCUAUUAAAUAUUUUGCACUUUGCUCAGUUAUAUCAUUCUGUUUAAUAGGUCCAAUCAGAUAUUAUUACACUGGACAUUUCGAUAGUGAUGGUAUAGCAUGGGAUGUUGGACCAGUCACAUAUGGUAAAGGCGAUCAUGAUAAUGAUCCCUUGGAUCCUAAACAAUACAAGGCUGCUUGGGUUUAUACUGUUUUCACCUACAUUUUUUCAUGGUUGGCGUAUUAUUUUCUUUGGCAACAAACUGAAAAAGUCGUUUCUGUUAGACAAAGAUAUUUAGGCCAACAAAAUUCGGUUACAGACCGUACAAUUUUGCUUGAAGGUCUACCUCAAGAGUUUGAUCCAAAUGAUUAUUCAAAAAAAUUGAAGAAAUAUAUUGAAGAAUUAGGCAUUGGUAAAGUACGUGAUAUUUAUAUCUCAUAUAAUUGGGAUACAUUGAAGGCAUUGUUCAAAAAAAGAGAAAAAAUUUUAAGAGCACUAGAGAUUGCUUAUUCGAGAUAUGUUCCGUUAAAUGUUGAAGUGUACACUUACGGGAAUCUAGAACCCUCUGUCUCACCAGUCAGAAACUUGCCCCAAACUGAAACACAGCCUUUAAUUGAAGAUAGACCAAAACCAACAAUUAGAUUAGGAUUAUGGGGUAUUUUUGGUGAAAAAGUUGAUGCAAUAGAUUAUUAUUCUGAUCAACUAAUUGAACUUGAUAAAGAAAUUAUAGGUGAACGUGAAAAAAAUAAUUUUCAACAGGCAAGGUCUGCUUUUGUCACUAUGGAUUCUGUUGCAUCUGCCCAAAUGGCUGCCCAAGCAGUUUUGGAUCCUCAUGUUCAUCGUCUUAUUGCCAGAUUAGCACCUGCUCCUCAUGAUGUGUGUUGGGAUAAUAUCUCUUUAACAAAACCUGCAAAGUUUCUUAGGGCAAAUAUUAUCACCUUGAUUAUUGGUGUUUCCACUGUUGGUUUAAUUUUCCCAGUUGUUUCCCUUUCAACUUUAAUUAAUUUGAAAACUAUUGAAAAAUUUUGGCCUGCACUUGGUGAAUGGAUUUCAAAAUCUGAUACAGCAAUUCUUAUUAUUGGAUUGAUUCCACCAUAUAUCUAUACUCUUUUGAAUGUCACCAUUCCUUAUUUUUACUCUUAUUUAUCUACUCAACAAGGUUAUUUAUCAAAUGGUGAAGUUGAAUUAUCAACAUUAUCAAAGAAUUUCUUUUAUAUUUUUUUUAAUUUGUUUUUGAUCUUCACAUUGGCAGGUACUGCUUCUAAUGUUUGGGCAUUAUUUGGUGAUACAACAAAGAUUGCAUUUGAAUUGGCAAAUUCUUUGAAAACCUUGUCAUUAUUCUAUGUUGAUUUGAUUCUACUUCAAGGAUUAGGAAUGUUCCCUUUUAAAUUAUUACAGGUUGGUGAUGUUGGAUUGGAAAUUGUUUCAAAAUUGUUUUAUUGUCGUACUGCAAGAGAUUAUAGAGCUCUUUACUAUACUCCCCCAGUUUUUGAUUUUGGUAUCAUCUUACCACAACAUAUUUUGAUUUUGAUAAUAACAAUGAUAUAUUCAGUUACUUCCACAAAGAUUGUCACUGCAGGUUUGGUCUACUAUGUGUUAGGUUAUUACACCUAUAAAUAUCAAUUAUUAUACACCAUGGUUCACCCACAACAUUCUACUGGCCAGGCAUGGCCAAUGAUUUUCAGAAGAGUUUGUUUAGGUUUAGUUUUGUUCCAAAUAACGAUGGCUGGUACAUUAGCAUUAGAACAUGCUUUCAUCCUAUCUAUUUUGGUGGUUCCAUUGAUUUUUAUGACAUUAUUCGUUGCUUAUAACUUUGAAAAAGAUUAUUUACCUUUAUCAUUCUUUAUUGCUUUGAAAGCUAUCAAAAAAUAUCCAUUAAGCUCAGAAAAUGUGGGCUCCACAACAAGUGGUGCUCAACAAAAUCUUGAUACACUUAAUGAAAACACUUUGACGCAGAGAACAUUAAAAAAGCGGAGAAGUACAAUUGAUGAAGCUAGAGAAGAGUAUAAAACUUAUAAAUGCCCUUAUUUAACAGACCCAUUAGACGGUCCAAUAAUUGGUUUUGAUGGUGAUUAUAUUCAACAGAUUCAAUAUGAACCAACAAGUCUGAAUGAGCGUGUUGUUAGAAAAUAUUAUUCAGUUUCUGAAUGGGAAUGA